UCUGGACACCAUCAGGUCAACAGGUCCGUGCUUCAGUAAUCUCCAAGACGUCAAAAUGGAUUUUUCAGAUGACUUCGGUUACAACGUGGACUAUAACUAUAACUACACGUAUGAAAGCAAUGACACUCCACACGAGGAGGCCGUUUUUCAUCACCAAACGAUGUGUUUUAAGGAAGUGUUGUGUGUUCUUUUACUCGUGGUCAGCGUGGUAAUUUUUCUGCUGGGCUUCUUUGGAAACGCUCUGGUCAUCUGGAUUUCUGGCUUCAAGAUGAAGAAGACUGUCAACACCACCUGGUACCUGAGCCUAGCGAUCUCCGACUUCGUCUUCUGCGCCUUCCUCCCGUUCGACAUCAUCAACGUGGUCAUGGAGGAUUGGGUCUUCGGCCGCUUCAUGUGCAAAUUCGCCUCCUCCGUGAUGUUCCUCAACAUGUUCAGCAGCAUCUUCCUCCUCGUCGUCAUCAGCAUCGACCGCUUCGUGUCAGUCGUGUUUCCAGUCUGGGCUCAGAACCAUCGUACUGUUAAAAAGGCGACUGUUGUGGUUUUCAUCUCCUGGCUGCUCGCCAUCGUUCUGAGCUUUCCCUCUGUCAUCUUUCGGGAGGUUGGCACUCACAUGGGGAGAACCAUUUGCUACAACAAUUACACAUUAUACCAACACGGUCACACGGUGGUUGCAGUGAGUCGCUUCCUCGCUGGGUUUAUCGUCCCUUUCGUUGUCAUCAUCAUCUGCUACUCUAUCAUCGUUCUCAGACUAAGAACCAACAGGAUGACCAAAUCCUCGAAACCCUUCAAAGUCAUGUCUGCACUCGUUGCUGCUUUCUUCGUCUGCUGGCUGCCCUACCACGUGUUCGUCUUACUCGAGCUCAACCAUCAAAACUAUGACCACAGCAUUUUGGUUGCCGGACUCAAAGUCGUCACUGCUCUGGCGGCGGCGAACAGUUUCCUCAACCCAGUGUUGUACGUCUUCAUGGGCAAUGACUUCAAGCGGAAGUUCAAGAGCACCGUGCUCUCAAAGAUGGAGAACGCAAUGGGAGACGAAGGCCGCACCACCAGCCGGUACCUGUCCAGGUCCAGCUCCGUGGAUGGCAGAGCUUCCACGCACAUCUAGACCACACGGUUUCGCUCAGGAGACUCAUGUGACGUCAACUAUACUGAAAUGCAAUUAAUGAACACGAAAUAUAUAAAAUAUGUAUCGAUUCACAGUGUUAAUGAGCAUUUUUUUUCUUUUCACUGUUGGCAGCAUGGAGCAAGUGGUUGCCAACGCAGGCACAUUAUGGAGAGGAAGAAUCUGUGAGCGUGAGACAAUAUGUAAACGUGACUGUCCUCACUGGGCUCUGCAUUGGGACAUCACAUGCAACAGAAAGAAUGUCUUCACAGCAGUUUUUGUGGAUUUUUGCUGGUCAUUGAAGCAAACAAUAUAAAUAAUAUCUUAUACAUAAAACAUAGCAAGCAUAAUAACUAUUACACAUGAACAAAAAACUAAACUAAAAGUAGACAGAGUUAACCUAUUUGGUUUGGGCGAUGUUUGGAACAAGGUCAUUAAUCACUGAUCUGAAAAGUUGUCCAUCAGUGUGAAUGUUGAGUGGAUCUCCUGAGUGUUCUGAUUCACUCAUCACAGAAUAUUGAACCCAAAGCUUUGUUGUUAUUAGCGUGCACAGGCACUACUACAGUCAAUGUAAAAACUGCAGCACUUUGAGGAAUUUACUUUGAGGAACUUGUGCUGUAAAAUACAAGGGAUACUUUCUGAUAAUAAAUUAUAUUCUAUAUACAUUAUAUUAAGCAUCCUCUGAAAUGUUAUUGUGCUCAAGGAACAUUCAGUGGGCCUUUUUUUUACGAAUAAUUAGCAUUUAUUUUUGAUCACAAAUGGUGGUGGUAAAUUACUAAUUGCAGAACACAUUUGUGAGUCAGAGCUCUUGCAUGCUGAUGCAUUUAUUUUAUGGCAUCUCUUCUGAUUAGUUAAACCUAGGGAAAUGAUCUCAUUAUCUCAUCUCAGGGGCCUCAGUCUUCAGGAAGUAUUUAGUUGUAACGUUUUUAAAACCUGAACUAAAAUGAUCCACACCAGACGACGCAAUUAGACACAAACAGAAGAUCCUAAAAACAAAAGAGGCGAGAAUUGAUUUAUGGUAUUUCUUUUCUUGCUCAUAAAACCUCAACUCUCCGGAUGGUUGCUUCGUUUAUUUACUGACAGCACAGUACGCAAUAUGUUUGCGUUGCAGCAUCAAUGUAUGUUGUGCCAGACUGACCCAGAUACGGUGCACACAUGGGAUUGCUGUUGAGACACAGUGUGAGCAGUGUGGUUCGGUCCCAGCUCCUAUUAUUAGGUGAUAAAAACUGUGUGUUGAAUGGACUUACAUUUUUUAGUUAUUUCUUGUAAAAGAGAUAUUAAGUGAAUGUGAUUUGUGCAAUACAUAAUAAUAAAGCUUGAGAUAUAAAAAUCAA